AUGGACCGCACCUUGGACGAAAUCAUUGCCGAACGUCCUAGACAACCCCAGAACCAGAACCGUGGUGGUCGCCGCCCUCAAGGCCGUCGCCGUGAUGGCGUGAAAAAGGUUGGGAAUAGUGAUUGGGUGCACGACAAGUACGAAGAUGAUCGAGAGGCUCGCCCGUCCCGCGCUCCGAGACGCCAGAGAGGUGAUCGUUAUUCGCCGUUGCCUGACGACCGUACCUCCGCACUAACAAAGAUUCGUGUCGAGAACCUCCACUACGACAUCACAGAAACUGAUCUCGAGGACCUAUUCACUCGGAUCGGCCCCAUCCUCAACCUCUCGCUGGUCUACGACCGCGCCGGCCGCUCCGAAGGUGUCGCCUACGUAACCUACAACCGCCUCAGUGACGCCAAAACCGCAAUCGGCGAAUUCGACGGCGCAAACGCCAAAGGCCAGCCCAUCCGCCUCACACUCAUCCCCGGCAGCGGAGGCAGAGGAAGACAACAGGACCGCAACCCCUUUGACAAUGUGGAGAGACCGCGAGGCAGCCUUCUCGACCGUGUCGAGCGGCCCCGGGAUUCUCGCAGUCUGAGCCCGGAGGGUGCCGAAGGCGGACGGCGCCGACGCGGCCGUGGUGGUGCUGGACCUGCUGGCCGCCGCAGUGACGUCUCCAAGCCACCACCGGAGAACAUCGAUCGCUAUGUCCCCGGCCAAAGCAGACGAUCGCCGACACGCAGAAACGGAGGAGACAGACGACAGGGAAGAGGCCGUCGUGAGGACGGGAACAAGACGGCUAAUGGCCGGCCUCGCAAGACGCAGGAAGAGCUCGAUCAGGAGAUGGAGGAUUAUUGGGGUGGCUCUGCGAAUGCCGGAGCUGGGGCUGCGGAUCAGGAGGCUGUUCAGGAUGAGCCACAGCAGGUUGCGCCUGCUACUACGGCUGCUGCUGGGGAUGAUGACGUGGAUAUGAUUGAGUAG